UCACCGCCAACGACUGGGCUUGUUUUGGAGGAAGCGGACGGCGAGGCUAACGUGCUCGGCUAGCACAUUAGCUUGACAGACGGCGAAAGCCAACGUCAACGGCGACACGAAGACCCCGUUGGAGCAAAGCGCCGAGUGAGAAUUUUGCUGCCCUGACGGCGCUCACUUCCAGUCGGCGAGUGAGUCGCGACGGAUAAAUAGCGGAUGUCCGUGAGGUGUCGAGGUUUCAGAGGGACAUUUUUUGCGACGACGGAUACUUAAAAGGAACCGCCGGCCCUCUUUCUUUCCUUCUGUUUUUUUUAAAUAAUUUUGGGGCGCUCAUCUGCGCGUUAGCUUACGCCAGGAACCCAGGCUGAGGAAAAGUCCACUCUUGAUAGUUUUGCCACAGGAUCGGCUCACAGCUGAGGCGCAAUGACUUCACGGAAGAAAGUCCUCCUCAAAGUCAUUAUCCUCGGGGACUCCGGAGUCGGGAAGACCUCGUUGAUGAACCAGUACGUGAAUAAGAAGUUCAGCAACCAGUACAAGGCCACGAUAGGUGCAGAUUUCUUGACGAAAGAAGUCAUGGUGGAUGACAGACUGGUCACAAUGCAGAUUUGGGACACAGCAGGUCAGGAGAGGUUCCAGUCUUUAGGCGUGGCGUUUUACCGCGGAGCGGACUGCUGCGUUCUGGUGUUCGACGUGACGGCCCCCAACACUUUCAAGACCCUCGACAGCUGGAGGGACGAGUUCCUGAUCCAAGCCAGCCCCCGAGACCCGGAGAAUUUCCCCUUUGUGGUGCUCGGCAACAAGAUCGACUUGGAGAACAGACAGGUCACGACCAAGCGGGCGCAAGCUUGGUGUCAGAGCAAGAACAACAUCCCUUAUUUUGAAACCAGCGCCAAGGAGGCCAUCAAUGUGGAGCAGGCCUUCCAGACCAUUGCGCGCAACGCUCUCAAACAGGAGACCGAAGUGGAGUUGUACAACGAGUUCCCGGAGCCCAUUAAGCUGGACAGGAAUGAGCGAGCCAAGCCUUCGGCGGAGACCUGCAGCUGCUGAGGACCGCCCGGACCUGCACCACGGCCCUCCUGGUGCCGUCCUGCCUUGUCUAAAUAGCCUCCCUUCCCAUGACCCGCCGCGUCGACCCCUUAUGCCCCCUCCCUCCCCGCGCAAGCAGCAUCCCGCUCACAGAGUACCGACGCGACCCAUCAUGCUGCAGCCUCCUCCUCGUGCGUGGGAACCACCCGUUUUCUAUCAAGUAUCGGUCUCCUAGCCCAAAGAACACCUUCCGCAUCGUACGUUUAUUCUUGUCAGGUGCCCCCCGAGCUUAAAUGGCAACAGACAUUUUCAGUCGGAUCGAAUAUCGCUGCUUUCGCAAUCGCUUGUUUUACAUUGAGCUCAAACGUCCCACAUGCUUUUGUGUUUCAUCGCGUCGGUGGAUUGGCGUGUUUCCUCUGUAGCUGUGGCGGUGGUCGUCUUCGUGUCAUUUGUCGCCACAACCGCAUGAAUAGACGAAACACCGUUCCCGUCCUUUGAGCCGCAUGCAUCGUGGCUUUGUGCCACGCGGCCUUCAAACGGAAUAUCACUGCUCGUGAGGGACUGAGAUUGGAGGUCGGCCGAUCACUAAUGUGACAACUGUGGCCAUCUGUUGCCUAUUGAUGAAAACAAAGACCAAUCGCGAGUCCCGCCACUCAAGUGUGCAGGUUGUUCUGGUUGAAGUCAUUGCCCAAA